AACGAUAACAGUUACGUCCAAUCCCUAAAACUAAACUAACGUGACGACUCACCACAUUCACAUCUGUCUGUCCACAGCCAUCGGCUUUAACGUGGAGACGGUCACAUACAAGAACCUCAAGUUCCAAGUGUGGGAUCUCGGCGGACAGACCAGCAUCAGGCCCUACUGGAGAUGUUACUACUCCAACACUGAUGCAGUCAUCUACGUGGUGGACAGCAGUGACCGCGACAGGAUGGGCAUCUCCAAGUCUGAACUGGUGGCCAUGCUAGAGGAGGAGGAGCUGAAAAAGGCCAUUCUGGUGGUCUUCGCAAACAAACAAGACAUGGACCAGGCGAUGACACCGACCGAGGUGGCGAACGCCCUGGGCCUCCCCGCCCUGAAAGACAGGAAGUGGCAGAUCUUCAAGACCUCAGCCCUGAAGGGCGUCGGCCUGGAAGACGCAAUGGAAUGGUUGGUGGACGCACUGAAGAGUCGGCAGUAGAUCUCCUGCACAUGCCCCUGACCUCCCUCCUCCCUCCUCCUCCCCCUGUAUCCCACUGACCUUCGGACCAUUGAUUGCACUCCUGCCUCCCCCCUUUAACCCACAUGAAGCCUUUGGCCAAGUCUCCCAAUGCGUCCCCCUGAAGUGGGAAGCAGUAACGUCUGGACCGAGCACGUGCACCGACACCCCCCCACUCACACCCACCCACCGUUGGUCCAAGUGGAGACGUUCAAGGAGCUUCAAGGACUGUGGUUAUGACUCUCCUGAUGAUGGUUAGAGUCUGGUCUUCUUCACCAGGGCCACGGGUUGGGAACCAGGUGUUACUGCAGUCUGGGCUGUUGUUGUGCUAAAGUCAGGCCGAUGCAUUGACCAGGAAUUUUACAUUUUGUUUAGUUUUUUUUUUUUUUCUUUCCUUCUCCUUGAUUAUUUCCGGUGUUUCCUGUUUUUUAAAAAUGUCGUGGUUGAAGCCUUUUUUUCCAUUGAAUCUAUUGAAUUGAUUGCAGCUUUGGCAAAGAGUUAGUCACUGAGUUACUCAACACUAAUUGUACGCCCAAAGAUUUAUGGUGUCAUAUUUAUAUCUGCUUGUACAGUGGAAAUGGUUCACAGUAAAGAUUGAUGCGUGAUUGUUCAAA